AUGGAAUUUGCAGGCUCAAAGACAACUUUUGAGUAUAAAAUUUCCAUUAAAAAAUUUGAUAAUAUGAAAAGUUUCUUUUCUCCACCCUUUGCUACUAGAUCAGAUAUGUUUUGGCAACUUAAAAUAGAUUCGGAAAUUAAAUGUACCAAUAUUUGGAAAAAUCGAUCAUAUUUCAGUGCGACUUAUUUCAUAAAAAAUAUUAAUGAACGUGAAGAAUUUGGUUCACUAGAUAAAUAUUCUUUGAAUGCUCCCAUUUGGGGAUUUUAUAAAUUUUGUAAGAGAUCACGCCUAUCACGCAAAGGAAACAUUACAUUCGGUGUAACAUUUUCCCAAAUAGUUUUAACUUCACAUAAAGUAAUGAUCAGUGAAACAUUACCUUCAACAUAUUGUCCUCGGAAAAUUAUUAAAGCUUGGGCUUCGGAAUUAAAUGAUCCGGAAAUUUCAGAUUUACAAUUUAUACUUAAAGAUGGUGAUCUUUAUGCUCGAAUAUCAAAGAUAACAUAUUUACAAGAUACUUAUAACAACACAAAUAAGUUUACAUUAGUUAAUAACCUUUGGCAUUCUAUCUUACAACCUUUAAAUCAAGUGUGCAAACCUCCUUCAUUUUCUUCUUCUUUCCCAUCCUUAUCUUCCACUACUUCUUCUUUUACUUCUUCAAUCACUUCUCCUUUUACUUCCACUUUCACUUCUGCUUCCACCAAUUCCUCUUCUCAUUCCUCCAAGAAAAACAAAAAACAUCAUAAAAUUCAUAUUACCGAUACAGAUUAUUUAACAUUUAAAACAAUUCUACUUUAUUUAUACACCAAUAAUAUCGAUUUUAAUUCAUUUUCAAAUUUUCAUAAUCCCAUUGAUAUUUUCAUUUUAGCUGAUAAAUAUCAUAUUUAUGAUUUAAGGCAACGAGCCAAAACUUAUGUAAUCUGUAAUUUAAAACCUGAAAUGGCUAUUGUAUUAUUAUUUGGAAUUUCAGUCCAAUAUCCUGAUUUAAAACAAGAUGUUAUUGAAUAUAUUGUGGAAGAAUUCGAAAAUGUUAAAGAAACUAUCACUUUUCAAAAUAUUCUUAAAAAUCCCGAAUUAUAUGAAAAUUCUGAUGAUAUUUUGAAAGAAAUUCAAUACUUGUCUUCAUUAUAUAAUAGAUAA